UGAUAGUCGAAGCUCUCUUUUUCAAUCCCUAUGUUGACACGUUCACGCUUUGACCAACAUCGGUUCAUGCUCGACACUGUUCGAAACACUACGACUGUCACCGUUUGACUGCAGGCCUGAUAGAUUGUAUAAAGAUCUCAGUCUGGAAACAAAUUAUAGCUGCACGUCUCGGCAAGCUAGCGGACGACCAAAAAUCCCUUAUUUGCCUUCUUCUCAGCCUGUUCGCGCACUGGUGGCUUUGUUAAUCCAUUAUGGCAAGCUACUUACGGUACAUACUAGCAGCGAUUGCUCUCCUUGAUUCUAUUGUUGCUCAAGUGCCGGCCAAUAUCUCAGACUACAAGAAUAUUACUUCGCCAUCUGGCGUGACACUCCGCUAUAAGGAGACUGGGAAGGAAGGUGUUUGCGAGACGACAAAGGGCGUAAAUUCGUACAGUGGGUAUAUUGAUAUCGCUCCUGAUGUACACAGCUUUUUUUGGUUCUUCGAAAGCAGGAAGGAUCCCGCGAAUGACCCUAUAACCCUCUGGCUCGAUGGAACGAAGGGUACCUACUCCCUGACCGGUCUAUUCCAAGAAUUAGGACCCUGCAAUGUUACAGAAAAUCUGGAAACGCGGCUUAAUCCAUACAGCUGGAAUGAAGUCUCCAACCUACUGUUCAUCUCCGCACCCAUCGGAGCAGGCUUCUCCUAUUCUAAGCAGGGCGAGGGCUCCAUCGACCCUAAAACUGGCAAAUUCAUGAGCGACUCAGAGGCUCCGGUGGCUGGGCGGUUCCAUAUUGAUGAUCCGACUAUCACGUACACGACAAAUGCAUCUGCUGUCACGGCAUAUAAUGUCUUGCAAGGGUUCUAUAGCGCUCUACCGCAAUUAGACUCUAAGGUCAAGAGUAAAGUUUUCAACUUGUGGACGUCAAGUUAUGGUGGUCACUAUGGUCCUACCUUCUUUAAAUACUUUUCCGAUCAGAACAAACGUAUCAAAGAUGGAAAAGCCGAGGGUAUUGAGCUCAAGAUGAACACACUUGGGAUCGGUAACGGUGAAAUAGACUUGUACAUCCAAACACCCUCUGAGCCAGAGUUUGCAGUCAACAACACGUAUAAGGUGAAGGCGAUCAACGAUACACAAUAUGCCAACUCCAAAGCUGCGAUUGGUGAAUGUCAGACCAAACUUAAAGCCUGCAACGCAGCAGACAGACGAACUUCCGCUGGGCAAUUGACUUGCCACCAAGCCAGUUCAUUUUGUCAUGGGAAGGUUCAACGUGGGUUCUACGAAGAAAAAAAUCCAUUCGACAUUCGCCAGCCAUCUGGUGAAAUACCACCCGCGGAUUACUUCAAGGAUUAUUUGAACAAGGCUGAAGUCCAGAGGGCAAUUGGUGUGAACCAAAACUACACCCUAUCGAACAAGGUGAUUAAUGAAGCCUUCGAGACUACAGGCGACAGGGCCUACCCAGACGCUAUCAAAGAUCUUCAGAUACUGCUUGACGCUGGCGUUCGCGUUGCACUCUACUAUGGUGAUGCCACGUGGUUGAGCAACUGGUUCGGAGGCGAAGCUGUCUCUCUCGCGGUCAACUAUACCGGUGCCGAAGCUUUCCGCGCUGCGAAGUACAAGCCUUUCCGCGUCAAUGGUGUCGAACACGGCAAAGUACGCCAAUCAGGAAACUUUUCUUUUCUAGUUCUUAAGGAGGCAGGUCUGUGGUCGGGGUUCGAUCAACCUAAGGCGUCGUUGGAGAUGUUCAAACGCACGAUCACCAACGUUCCGCUUGCUGAUGGGGCGGUGUAGGAGAUUUCUGAUGAUUAGAUAGAUUAUUCUGGGAACAGUCUUUUGGGACUUGUGGCUUGAUCAAUUACGGGCACGACACAAAGAUGACUUCCCAUGAGUGUUAGAACUUGUAGUUGCAGAUAUUGAAGAGUAAAUUGAUGUAUACGAUGAUAUAUAAAUGGAGAGCUCAAAUAGCAUGGCGUCCGCAUC